AUGAAACUCUUCAUUGUGUGCGUUGUAAUGAUCAUCUUUAUGGUCGUCUCGUGUGAAAUUGUUCAGUGUCAACUUUAUUCCUAUUCAACAAAUGCGUUUUAUUCUACUGUUACUGUUACUGACGAUUGUUUCGUCAAUAUUGCCGAAUCUUUCACUAUUCGAAACUUUGGUUCCAAUCCAAUUACACAAUUUUCCAGAUUUAUUAAAAGAGAUGAUGAUAGGAAUGUCGAAGUUGUUCAACGUUCCAUCCAAGUUCAAUCAUUCAAUAAUAAUAAUGUUGUGAACACUUCACUUGUUUACAAUGAUGAAUUUAUUGAAUUGCAAUUUUCUUUGAAAGAUCCAAUUGGGAGAUAUGGUGGCACUGCAAGCAUUCAAUUGAGUUAUCAAAUGUCUGGUCCCUUAAUUGUUGGUAAUAUUAAUGAUAUGGUAAAAUUGAAUUAUACUGGUCCAGUGGAGAUAUCCCCAAGUAGUAUUGCCAUUAAAUUUACAGAUCAAGUUAACAAUUUACAUGGUUAUAGACAAUUUCAAAUUCUACCAUAUAUAGAAGGUAUUACAACAAUUACUGAAAAUUCAGUUACUUGGGCUUUUAAUGAAAAGGGUUACAAAAAUCCAAGUGUACAAGUUGAAUUUCCAUCCUUGAAAACAUUUGAUAUUUGUAGAACAAUUCCAAUCGGUUCCUUGCUAUCGAUUAGUAUUGUAAACUUGAUGGCAAUUAUAUUGUUAAAUAUUAUGCAAUUUAUUAUAAUUAUUGGCAUGUGUAUUUCCAAGUUUAGAAGUGGUAAGGCCUAUGGUUUUGUUGGAAAUGAAAAUAUUGGUUAUGGCUCUUCACAUUAAAUUAUUCAAUUGUUCAACU